AUGAGUGUGAUUCUGUGUACAGCUGGCUAUGACCAUACCAUCAGGUUCUGGGAAGCACUCUCAGGCAUAUGCAGCCGAACGAUUCCCCAUCCAGAUUCACAGGUCAACCGCUUGUGCAUAUCGCCGGACAAGCGCUUUCUUGCUGCUGCCGGACAUCAUACCGUGAAGCUUUAUGAUAUCAAGUCUACGAAUCCUGCCGCUGUCUUGACCUUUGAGGGCCACACCAACAACAUCACUGGACUUGCUUUUCACUGUGAGGGUAAAUGGAUGGUAACAAGUUCGGAAGACGGCACAGUGAAGAUCUGGGACACGCGCACCGGUCAUGUCCAGCGCAACUACAGCCACGGUGUUCCUGUCAACGAUGUGGUCAUCCAUCCGAACCAGGGCGAGCUCAUCAGUUGCGACAGGGGUGGCAACGUGCGAAUCUGGGACCUUGCCGAGAACAAAUGCUCACAUCAAUUGAUUCCGGAAGAAGACAAGUCUGUCGCUUCGGUGACUGUCGCAUCUGAUGGCUCUCUUCUCUGCGCCGCCGUCAGCAACAGUCAGAUCGGUUCUGUCUACGUUUGGCGCAUCAUCACAGCCAAGGAUGUGACGACGCUGGUGCCCGUCACAAAAUUCAACGCCCACAACACAUACAUCACACGCGUGCUGCUAUCCCCCGAUGUCCGUCAUCUGGCCACUUGCUCUGCGGAUCAUACAGCACGUAUCUGGUCAGUCGAUCUGUCAAAUCACAACGCCAUCGCGGCUGGACCUGGAGAAAAGGACAACGGUGCAUUUGAGCUCGAGCAGGAACUCGAUGGUCAUCAACGUUGGGUCUGGGACUGCGCUUUCAGUGCUGAUAGUGCCUACUUGGUGACAGCUUGUAGCGAUCACUAUGCGCGUUUGUGGGAGCUAAGCUCCAAGCAAGUCAUCAGACAAUACAACGGACAUCAUCGUGGAGCGGUCUGCGUGGCACUGAACGAUUACUCGGAGACCAGAUAG